CGGAAGUGGACAGUGUCCGCGUCCAGCUGUUCCUCGGUCGCUGGUCGUGUUUUCGCGCUCCUCCUCUCGGCUGUCGGACCUGUUUGGACCCGCGGAGCCGUCCGGACCCGCAGCCCGCCUCAUGAGGUGCGGGAGCCGGCAGACAGGGCGCCGUCUGUCCGCCGGAGAGGCUUCGAUCCCCGGAGCAGCCUGCUAGCUUAGCGGCGGAGCUAACAGACAGACCCGGGAAGGUGUGGACUGACCAUGGCCGGAGGGAUCACAGACACCGGGGAGCCGUACUCCGCCUUCGUGGGGCUGGUCUACAUGUUCAACCUGAUCGUGGGGACCGGGGCUCUGACCAUGCCCAGAGCCUUCGCCACGGCCGGCUGGGCGCUCAGCGUCGGCCUCAUCUCCGUCCUGGCCUUCAUGAGCUACAUGACCACCACCUUCGUCAUCGAGGCCAUGGCCGCUGCCAACGCCCAGCUGCGCUGGAAGAGGAGGGAGCAGGAGGAGGUGGAGGACAGUGACUCCUCCUCAGAGUACUCGGACGACGACGUUCUGUGUCGAGGUCGACCAGAACCAGAGACCAAACCCAUCCUCUCAAUCCAACGUUCGGGUCACGUGGAUCAGUUCGACAUCGUGGAGCGGGUGGAGAUGGGUCAGAUGGCCUCCAUGUUCUUCAACAAAGUUGGAGUCAACAUGUUCUACAUCUGCAUCAUCGUCUACCUGUAUGGAGACCUGGCCAUCUACGCUGCAGCCGUCCCCAUCUCUCUGAUGGAGGUCACCUGUGGGAACCACUCCUGCAGCGCCGGGACUGUGAAGUACAACGACACCGACAUCUGCUGGGGUCCGCUGACCCGGAAGGACGCCUACAGGGUGUUUCUGGCCGCCUUCACCCUCCUGCUGGGUCCCUUCACCUUCUUCAGUGCCCAGAAGACGAAAUACCUGCAGAUCCUCACCUCCCUCAUGCGCUGGAUCGCGUUCACCAUGAUGAUCAUCCUGGCCCUGAUCCGGAUCGGGAAGGGCGCCGGCGAGGGCCGUCCGCCGGCGGCGUCCUUCUCCGGCGUGCCCAACCUGUUCGGCGUGUGCGUGUACUCCUUCAUGUGCCAGCACUCGCUGCCGUCGCUGGUCACGCCCAUCUCCGACAAGAAGCGCGUGGGCGCGCUGGUGCUGGCAGACUACGUCCUCAUCCUGCUGUUCUACGUCCUGUUGUCCUUCACCGCCAUCUUCUGCUUCGACGGCGCGCUGCUGCACGACAUGUACACGCUGAACUUCACCGACGACUGCCGCGUGCUGGACGUGCCGGUGCUACGCUACUUCCUGGGCCUGUUCCCCGUCUUCACCAUCAGCACCAACUUCCCCAUCAUCGCCGUCACGCUGCGCAACAACUGGAAGACGCUGUUCCACCGCGACGGCGGCACCUACCCCUGGGUGGUGGACCGCGUGGCGUUCCCGCUCAUCACGCUGGCGCCGCCCAUCACCGUGGCCUUCUGCACCCACAACCUGGAGUCCCUCGUGGGCGUGACGGGGGCGUACGCCGGCACGGGCAUCCAGUAUGUGGUCCCGGCCUUCCUGGUGUACCACGCCCGGCGCCACCUGGAGCCCGUGGUGGGCCGCGACGCCGUCAACAAGCACCGCUCGCCGUUCCGCCACGCCUUCUGGGUGUGGUUCGUGCUGCUGUGGGCGACGUUCUGCCUCAUGUUCGUCACCGCCAACAUCAUUCUGACCGACACCAAGAAGUGAGGCGGGUUCCGCACUGGUCCGGGCCGGUCCGGGCCGCUGCGCCGCCGGUUCCGGUGUGUGUGCCUUCUGAGAUCUGAAACCUCUUCUAACGGGACCAAACGUUUCCACGGACGGAACGCGGAAAGGGAAUCACUUCACGCACGUUCUCGUGGAGCUCACAUGAUUUGCACAUUGUAAAGAACUCGGUUCUCCUGGGAACCACUUUAAGAGUUGAAGCGGUUCAUUUGGACAUCGGAGGGAACACGGUUUGAUUCCGGCCCCCUCUAUCAGCGUCUCCCGGCGCCUCCUUUAACAUUCACUCUUCCUUAGCCAGUCCUCGCAGCUGCUGAUGUUUUUAGCAUUAGCAGCUUUGACUGUUUCCUCCGAGCGGUUCGGAGGAGCUACUCCUGGGCAUUAGCAUUAGCGUUAGCGUUAGCAGCUGUUAUUGCCCUUCCCUGCUAAAGAAGAGCUGAAAGUCUGAGGAGCCGCUGGUUUCUGUUAGCGUCAGUGUUUGAGCUUCAUCAGGAGGUUUUAAGAGCGAUUUAUGGGUGUUAGCAUGAGCAUGCCGAUCCACUGCUACUGGAGCAGUGCUGCGUUAGCAAUGCUACGUUAGCAAUACUGCGUGAGGGGUGCUGCUUUAGCAGGGUUUCGUCAGCAGUGCUGCGUUAGCGAUGCUAUUUAGCGGUGCUAUGUUAGCGGUGCUACAUUAGCAAUGCUACUUAGUGGUGCUGCUUUAGUGAUGCUAUUUAGCAGUGCUAUGUUAGCGGUGCUGCAUUAGCGAUGCUACUUAAGCGGUGCUGCCUCAGCAGUGCUGCGUUAGCGAUGUUAAUUUAGUGGUGCUGCGUUAGCGAUGCUACUUUAGCACUGCUGCAUUAGCGAUGCUACUUUAGCACUGCUGCAUUAGCGAUGCUAUUUUAGCACUGCUACGUUAGCAGUACUACGUUAGCGGUGCUCAAUGCUCAGACCUCCCAGUAGAACGUCUCGCCCACUGAAGCUUUUCAGAGUAAAAUCUGCUUCGCGAUGUUGGCUAAACCCGAUACGUCGUCAUGUUUACUUUUGCGAUAAAUACACCUCUGAACGGCGUGAAUUAACUGCGAUUGAUCACUUUUUUCUUUGUGACCUUGUGAACACGUUCGCAGUGUGAAUGAGACGAAUUGAAGGCACUUUAAUCCUCGAAGCAUUCUCUGACAGGUUCUGGUUUUUAUCAGUUGAGGAUCUAAUUUAACUGAUUUAUCUCAGACUGAACCAAUCGAACACAGAGCGCCUGAGCUGAAGGCAAACCUGGUCUCUUAUUGAUUUCCUGUUUUGAGCCUUGUUUUAAUUUUUAACUCGACGAAUCCAAACUUGUUUUUAUGGCAGAAGAGCUGAAAUCAAGUUGUUCUCCCUGCAACGUUCUUUUCUCCCUCCGAUCACGCAGAUCACACUGAGAACUCAUUCUGAAGCUCUGCAGCCGGGUUCUGCUCGGUCCUAGUUCUAAUGUUCUGUUCUAUCCUGGUUCCGACAGUCCUGGUUCCGACGUUCUGCUCGGUCGUGGUUCUGAUGGUCCUGGUUCUGACGUUCCGCUCCAUCUCGGACCUGCUGUUCAGUCGAUGUGUUUGCAGUUUGCGUUGGUCUCUCGUGCCUUUUCUCAGGACUGUAAAUGUUCCUCCUGCAUGUUCUCGGUGUUCGUCCUUCAUGUUCUCCGCUGUUUGGUUUUCUGUUUGGUCUUUUUUAUGAUCCAUAUUAGAACAACGGUUUGUUUUUCUUCCAUCAUUUGUGAUUUUGAUCGGAAUAAAGAGACUGACGCUGAAGCUG